UCAAGGCUCCUCUGCAGAACAAAUUGGGAAAAAUGACCACCGCCAAACUGGAAGAGGAAAACUGUGUGGAACACUUAAUGGUCCAGGGCCAACUGGAGAGGAGCAGAUAAGGGGGUUGUUUAAGAAAUUUUACCAGUUCCUAGAGGAAGAAGAGGCUGCCAGGAUAGCUGCUCUGAAAAAGGAACAACAGCUGAAAUAUGAAGUGAUGAGAGAAAGAAUGGAGAAGUUGACCAAGAAUAUCUCAAUGCUUUCUGAGACUAUUGAAGUUAUCAAAAAGGACAUGGAGACUGAUGAUAUCACAUUCCUGCAGAACUACGAGGCCAUACUUGUCAGAGCCGAGUGCACACCUCCAGACACUGCUGCAAAUGCUGAGAUGGGGCCAGGAGCAUUCAUUGACAUGGCCAAGCAUGUUGGAUGUCUGACGUUCAAAGUCUGGAACAGUCUGAUUAAGAUUGUUGACUACAAUCCUGUAACCAUGGAUCCAAACACAGUGUCCACAAAGCUCAUCCUCACUGAUGACCUCACCACUGUGACGUGCUGUGAGGUAAAGCAGAGUCUUCCAGACAAUCCUGAAAGGUUUCAUGUAGGAGUGUUGGGGUCUGAGGGCUUCAUUGAAGGCAAACAUUUCUGGGACGUUGAGGUAGGAGACAGCGAUAACUGGUCUCUGGGAGUAGCCAAAGAGUCCAUUGUGCGGAAGAAGCUAGUAAAACUGGAUCCUGAGAGUGGAUUGUGGACCAUCAGAUAUAUUAAUGGGAAAUACAGAGCAGGUGUGAAAUCACGCCAAGAGAUCAAGGUAGAUGAAUGCCCACAAGUGAUCCGAGUAUGUCUGGACUGUGACAAGGGGGAGGUCACAUUCUCCGACCCCACUAUGAGCAAUACUCUGUACACCUUCAAACACACAUUUACUAAAAAGCUGUUCCCAUACUUUAGUAUAGGCAGUCUUAAAAGCCCACUGCGCCUUUGUAAGAGACCCCUCACUAAGGUAACUGAGACGUGAGCUGGGGCACGAGGCAAAUCUGCUCAUUGGCCACUGCACUGCGGAUUCCCUCUGCUCCAGUUCUCCAACCUAAUGUGUGUUUGUGUGUGUGUGUGUGUGUGUGUGUGUGUGUGUGUGUGUGUGUGUGUGUGUGUGUGUGUGUGUGUGUGUGUGUGUGUGUGUGUGUGUGUGUGUGUGUGUGUGUGUGUGUGUGUGUGUGUGUGUGUGUGUGUGUGUGUGUGUGUGUGUGUGUGUGUGUGUGUGUAUAUCGGAGGGGUUGUGGGGGAAAGCAGAAGAUACUAAAAAGCAGAAAGGACAGGUUAAAAGUAAAUGGGAUUUACUGUAGGACUAUUUUCAGACUAGAAUGUAAUGAUGUAACAUAUAAUGGCAGCAUAUCUCAUUGGACGACAAUGUCUGUAUAGUUAUAAACUGUUAAGCAAUACUACGAUAUCUUCACCAUCAGUAAGUAACAGUCUACAAUGUAGUUUUACAAUUAGUUUCACAGUAAUGACUGUUUCUCUUUGCAAUGUCUGGACACUUACUGACAUCUAGUGGUAAAGUAUUGUUCUCACAACACAGGUACUAAUUGGCACAUCACUAGUUUGAUUAAAUAACAAAAAGGUCACUAGUCUGUACAGUGUAUUUCCUAAUAGAUAUUGGAAAGGUGACAGCUGCAUAUUUACUUUACUAUGUAUUAUAUGAUAUGUGUAAAAGCUGCUAUGACAAGAUGCGACGUAUUAAUACAUGGCUGUGUCAGAUCACUCAUUAUCGUUGGUUGGAACGCUACACACAUCUGGGUUCCUGCCAGGACACAGAGGGAAAUGUGCUAGUUUAGUUUCCUGGAAUAUGAAAACUUAACUGUGGGUGGAGUUUUAGUCUGUAUCAUGUCUUUAUAACCAGUAUAACCUGCCCCCUGUGCUACAACUCAGUUAACCUGCUUGAUGGAUUCUAGCCUUAACCAAGACAGAAUAGCACACAGAGUGAUUCAUUAAAUUGGCAGCCAGCUUGUCUCUCCUGGAGGAACACCUCUCUUGUCCUGUGUGUUGUGACAUAAAUAAAACUCUUACUUACAGUUGUGGCUGCAUUUCGUGACAUAUUGUUGUCUCUACCUUCUUGCCCUUUGUGUUGUUGUCUGUGCCCAAUAAUGUUUGUACCAUGUUUUGUGCUUUUACCAUGUUGUGUUGCUACCAUGUUGUAUUGUCAUGUUGUGUUGCUGCCUUGAUAUGUUGUUGUCUUAUAUACUCUCUUUAUGUACUGUUAUGUUGUCUCUCUUAUUGUGAUGUGUGUUUUGUCCAAUAUAUAUAUACACUGCUCAAAAAAAUAAAGGGAACAAUAA